AUGUCAAUGGAUUUAGAGCUGGAAAAUCGUUUGAUUCAACUGCGCGCCAGAUUGAACGAUCGUAAAAUAAAACUAUGGGAGACGCCAUAUUUAACAGCUGAACGUAACAUCGAUGAAGCGAAAGUGCUUAAACUGGCUGAACAGCUUGGUCCAGAGCUGGGUAUACCCACAGACCUGUGCCUGCAGGGGUUAAAGGCGCUGCAACGCAAUGCCCUGGAGAAGCUGCAAUCGAAGGAUGAAUUUCAAAGAAUGGGUAUUGCAACAGUAAAGACAAGAGCACCGACACAGGCUGGCUCUAACCGGGAGUUUGAUUUGAAGGUGAAGAUUACAGCACUGGGCAGUCAUCUAUGUGAAUUGAUUGGUCAACGCCUUUCUUUGGAACCACGAAAACUAAAGCUGGUUUGCGCGGGGAAAAUUAUCACCAAUGGCCGUUCGCUUCAGGAACAGAAGGUAACAAAUGGUUCGACGAUAAUGGCUCUGGUAAUGGCUCAUAGUGAGGAAGAAGCGAAGCGGGAAUGCUCGACGUACGAUCGUGUGUACAAAAUACGUGCUGAUGCUGAAAUGUUAAUUAACGAGAAUGAUAGCUCGAAUUUCUUGAGUAUUGAGGAUCAAUCGGGAAAUGCGAUUUUUCUGCCGAAAGAAGAAAAAAAGUCCCUCCUAAUGGGGCUUACCCUUUACGAGAAAGGCAAAGCUGCUAUGAUGGUAGGAAAUUUUGAAGAAGCGCUUCUCUUGUUGUUAGAAGCGGAUCAUGACAUUCGUUCGUGCAACUCACAGCUGCUGGACGUUAUUGACAAUAAUGCUCUGCUAAAUCUGGACAUUGUGUGGUGCUACUUGUGCUUGAAGAACUUAAACCAGCUGCCGGAUGCGGAACAGAGGCUCAAGUUAUGCGAAUUGAAGUUCCAGCAGAGUUAUGGCAAGAACAUGCAGCGUGUAGCUGCGAUACGAGGGGAACAAUCAAAUGAAAGGAUAGCGCUGGUACGACUCCAUCUACUGAAGGCAAUUCUUUAUUUCUAUCAGAACAAACGCGAUGAUGCUCGAACCAUGUUUCGUGUGGUGGAAACGGAGCUGCUGAAGCUUCGGAUCGAUGAUGACUGCCUAAGCCGGCUGAUGGAGUGUGGUUACUCAAUGAAGGAGUGCCGUGCAGCUUUACGUGCCUGUUCGAACGAUGUGGAAGUCUCCAUCGAGUUUAUCCACAACCGUAGACAAACACGUGAAGCUAAUGAAGUUCGUUCCGAGCGCGAAAGAAAAUUAUACAAAACAAUCGGUCACGAUGCGUCGUCAGGAGAAUUUCAGCGAAUCAAGCUUGAGCUCGUUGAUCAACUAAUGGAGAUGGGCUAUCCGGAGGAGUUGGCAGGGUUGGCGUUGAAAAAUAGCCCUAAUGACAUAAACGGUGCGCUGAAUGAGUUAGAAACAAACAAGGAAGGAUUGCAAAACAGAUUGCUUCGUACAGUAUCCGUGAAUGAGGAGCUGGAGAAGCAGCUUGAGGCACUCGGUUUCCACUCGCAAAUAGUGCAAAUAGCCCUAAAGCUGACCGCAAACGAUUAUGAUCGUGCCACACACUAUCUCUUAACAAACGUUCAUAAUGGUAUAUACAGCGAGGCACUGCAGCGAGCUGUUGCUGAGUUUAAUCGUAAGAGAACUCCGGAGACUUCCGAUUCCAGUUCAACUGAAGAAGGCACUCAACUAGCCAGUAACAUUUCAAGUGAAAAACCAUCAACAAGCAAACGCGCCUCCCGAAGCUGUGAUCCUACCGAUGAAGCAAAGACGCAAGAAAACAAGCGCAAAAAAGAAAUGCUUGAUAUUCUGUUCAAAAGCUUCUCGCAGGAUAUACGGACGACGGACGAGGAUUCACAUUUGGAUUUAUUGCUGGACGAGGAGGCAAAGCUGCUUGAGCAGUACAAACAGUUACUCGACAUGGAUUGA